CUCUUCCCUGUUUUUUUUGUUUUUUCCGGCCGUCUUCGAGUCUUCGCCUCCUCCCUGAGAUAUAAGAGCUUGCGAUUAUUCCUACACCUGCUCGCUCUCCGAGCUCAUGACAUCCCAACUCCUUUCCUCCUCCUCUCUCCUCUCCUCUCCGAUCCCAACCCUCGGCUUCCAUCUUCCUCCCCCAAAUUCUCUUCAUCUCCCGCAGCCACCUCGUCCGAAUCCGAGAGUACUUCGGGCUCCAUGGAAAGGAGGAACCCUCAGGUCAGCCAAGAGGAAAAUCUCCAUAACUUGUUUGGCGGCCGAUCGCGGUGGAGAUGCGGGAUGGGCGUCAUGGAUUCCCCGUCGAGUGUCUCCGGACAAGAUUCUGAAGCUCAUCUCGGGCGCCACUUCCAGCCCCAUCUGCCAGUUCGUCGAGUCUCCCCGCACUUUCCUGCACUCCAUCGACCCGCGGAUCAAAUUGGUUUGGCUGUUGGCACUUGUCAUCUUACCAGCUAGGUCACACAUUUACAUGCGCUUUGGAUUAGUUUUAUACCUCUCUAUACUGUCAAUAUGGAUUCUUCCAACUCCUAUUUGGAUGGACCAACUAGGAAGAGUGGCUUUGCUUUCAGGGAUCUUAUUUAUCAUGCUGGGAUUGGGUUCAGAUGGUGUACCUCCACUUGUCCAGUUAAGAACUCCUCCUGCAUCUGUUUCAGGAUUGUCAUGUCUUCCCUCAUCUUUAGCAGGUUAUUCAUAUACAAUCAUGAAGUUAGGACCGUUGCAAUUCACAAGGAAAGGCUUGUCGGUGGCGAGUACAUCUGCCUGUUUAACUUUUACUAUCUUUCAAAGUGCAAGUCUAUGCUUGACGACGACUACACCUGAGCAACUUGCAUCUGCAUUUCGGUGGUUUAUGGUUCCAUUGACGUUUAUAGGUGUUCCAGUAGCUGAGAUAUUACUUACUCUCCUACUUUCUCUGAGGUUUAUCAAUCUAGUCUUUGAUGAGGUUCGCAAUGCUGCAUUGGGGAUCAUAGCACGUCGAGUACAAUGGCACCGGUUAACAAUAAUGGAAACGUUGGAUGUUUGCUUCAUGUAUGUUCGUCGGAUCUUCAAGAAUAUUUUUAGUCAUGCUGAGCAAAUUUCCAAGGCAAUGGUUGCUAGAGGUUUUCGUGGUAAUAGCAACACACAUAAGAUAUACUUCUUUUCUGAGUCUUCCCUUGGUAUUGGAGAUUUCCUCUCCUUGCUGUGCCUUCUUGGUCUCAUAGGUGCUGCCAUCCUGUCAGAACAAUUCCUUAUAUAAUAUAGAUUUUGUUCUUUGCUACUAAGAUCCCAUACGCAAAGGGCAAUUAUCUCUGGUUUAAUGGACACCGAUUUGGCUGCCAAUCCUGCAGCUCAUAGUCAUUGGCUGACAGCGAGGAUAUCAACUUUGUAAUUAUAAAUGAAAGAAGACUCUCUUGCACUAAUGGAUGACAAACUGUUUCUUCUGAUAGAAUCUGGCCAUUUUGCACAUUCAGUUGUAUGAUUCUUUUUUCUUUUUUGUGGGAAUUUGUAUAUAUCCAAUGAUGCUCGCAAUACUUUAAUUUGCACACUGUUGUUCUGUUUGUAACUAUCUGAUUGAUGAGGUCUUCUUUUAUUAGAUGUGAAGAGCCAUAGCAUGUAGUCCCCUAGUGGGCUUUAAUUGUUGUAAUCAUGUUAGACCAGUUUCUGACUGUACAGUGCAUUAUAGUGCUCCUAAUAAUGUAUCUAACUUGGGAA